CUAGGCAGUCUGGGGUCCGUAAAUGGAGCCUCAGAAACCUGCGCUGUGAGAGGGGUUUGGGGGAGGACCUGAAGUUUGGAAUCCGAGCCUCCUUCACCCUAGGGGGAGGGAGAAAAAGAGUCUGGGGUCGGAAGUUAGAUCCUUGGUCCCUGGAGCCCGAGAAGCCCCGGAAGCUAGAUAAGGAAGUGGCUUGUAGGGAAAAAUUCACUUUUAACCUGUCCUUCCGGAGAGAAACUUGCCAGUGGGCGAUCUCAACACCUUGCGGCCGGGAGCCGAGAAGUUGCGAGGGGGAGGGAGGUUCCGCCUAGAGUCCUAAUCAAGGGUCUCCUGCUUGCCUCCCGCCGCAGCGGGCAGGCCAUUUCCGAAGAGCCGGAGUCCUGUAUCUCGGCUUGUUUGGGAGGGACCCGCGGCUCCAGGGCACCCCACCGCCUCUCCUAGAGGGGAGCCUGGGGCUUCCCAGGAAGUGACUGGAGGUUUUGUGAUGCCAGACUAUGUUUAAACUUUUGGUUCUGCUCAGCUCCUUGCCUACUAUUACUUUGGCGUUUCCUCCUUGCACAAGAAGUCCCCCAGAGUCUACACAUGCAGGCAAAGAAGUCUUUACAUCCAAAGAAGAAGCCAGUGUCUUCAUCCAUAGACGUCUCCUCCAUAACAGAUUUGACUUGGAACUCUUCACUCCUGGAGAUCUGGAGAGAGAGUGUAAUGAGGAACUGUGCAACUAUGAGGAAGCCAGGGAGAUCUUUGGAGAUGAAGACAAAACGAUGAAGUUUUGGCAAGAUUAUUCAGUUCGAGGACCAAGUACCCGCUCAAAUGGUGAGAGAGAGAAGAUCGAUGUUAUGGGACUUCUGACUGGAUUAAUUGCAGCUGGAGUGGUCUUGGUUGUCACCGCAUUACUUGGCUACUAUCUCUGCAUCACCAAAUGCACAAGAAGAAGACAGCCAUGUUCCUCAGCUGUCUAUGUAAGAACGGGUCGACAUCAUCCUACUAUUAUCUUCAGAAGGCAAGAGGAAUCUGCCUUAACCCCAUCGCCUCUUCCCCUGGAUGACUCAGGACUGCCUUCUUAUGAGCAAGCUGUAGCAUUGACUGGGAAAUACGAUGUUCCCCCACCUCCAUAUCCUGGGCCAGCAAGAGGGUUUAAGGUGUUUAAAAAGUCUAUGUCGCUACCUUCCCACUAAAGCCAAUAUCAACGUGGAAGAUGUCAGUUUAUUUGAAGAAGGCGCCAUGACUCGAUUCUUCAGUAGUUUCAAGGGCUGGACAUUUCACGUCUGUAAAGGUGUUGAGAACACAUGGCUUUCGGGACAGCUGUUCUGUUUCUCAAUACAUUUGCUUGACAUAUCUGGACUUUUAUCUCUGACAUCACAAAAAUAAGUGAAUUUUUUUUUUUGGUGCAUUUAGGAGCCAGGUCCUGAUUUGCAAUUCAGGAGUAUCCAGAUCAUGGUCUACGCAAAAGAUCACCAAAUAGAAAACAUAAAUAACUUCUGUAGGGAAGAACACCAAACCCGUUAUCACAGGAAAGGUUCUAGACUAAUAGUGUUGAGAACUGAACUAAUGGAAUACAAGAAGUUUUUCUGCUCUGAGUCUUCUUGAGUCAAGAUGCUGAAUAUUUUGUCCCCUGUUUAUUUUAAUUCUCCUUUAGCAAAGGAGACCUUUUAAAGAAUUUUUUAAAUUUCCAUGAUGAAUCAGUGACCUUUAAACACAAAAUAAUCCUGAUGAUUAUUCUAUAUGAAAAAACACAUAUUAUUUCCAGGAGUUUGUUCUUAUAGAUUAUAUUAGAGGCAGCUAGGUGGCUUUGUGGAUUUAGAGCCAGGUCUAGAGACAGGAAGUCCAGGGUUAAAAUCUGGACUCAAAAUAUUUCCUAACUAUAUGACCCUGGGCAAGUCACUUAACCCCCCCCCCAUUACCUAGAUCUUAUCUCUCUUCUGCCCUAGAACAAGUAUUAAUUCUUAGAUGGAAGGGAAGGAUUGAUUGAGAGAGAGAGAGAGAGAGAUUAUAUCAGCUCUACAGUAGUGGAGAGGGAGGAAAAACUCCUUAAUUUUUCUUCUGAUCAAAUGGCUACUGCUAUUGGGACUUGGAGGGCAGGGGCACAAUGACAAGGUUGCAGAUUUGUUAACUGGCCACUGUAGUUAACAAAUUAAAAAAAAAAAACUCCAGUAUCCAGAGUCUCUAGUCUAUAUGAAUCUGCCCAUCCUAUAAGGAAAUAGGUAAACUCUAUCUACAUGACUAUGUUGUACGUUUGGUUCAUGUGAGAUUACUCUAGUUGAGAGUUUUAUUCUGGCUCAUAAUUAAUGGUUUAAUCCUGAAGGGAGAAUUUACUUGUCCUCUUAUUAGCAAUGUUCUGGUUAAAGAUAUGCCUAUUUUGUUACCAGUGACCCUUUGCAUCUCUGUGGUAUGUUUUCUCAGGCAUUCAGACACACUAAAAUGGUCAUUCAACCCAGAUUCCCUACAAUCCUCUCUUCUAUUGUCAUUCUUUCUUUAAAGACUUAAAGGAACUUGAACCCUCUAUAUAUAUAGAUGUACAUAUUUUCCCCCUGUGGGGUGAGGUCAAAUAGUAGCAUAUCCCUGAGGUGGGAAAUAGAAGAUUCUAUUCCAUAAAUAUUGGCCAGUUAUUACCUUAAUUUUUUUGGUUUGUUUUAUAUAAUAAUUUACAGCAUUUUUUAUAGGGGAGGCUACGGAUGUCAAUUUGAUGGUGCAUGCUCAACCAAAGUGAUACUGUUGGUUUAGACGAUAUAAAUCACAGAUAAGUUGGAGGGUUAUUUUUUUUUUAUUCUUGGAUAAUAAGAUCUUAUUCAACGUUAGACAAAAAUACGACCUUUGUCUUUCUGAACUUCUCAAGGUUUUGUAGUCUUGGCAUCUUUUUCAGAAUCUCUUCCUUUGUAUGGUCCAAUUGUCACUAACCUAAUUACAAAUUCACAAAAUAUCAAAAAUAGACAUUUCACACACUCAUUGUACAGAGAAGGAAACUGAGACCCAUAAAGUAGAAAGGACUUGCCUACUAUCACAUUGCUCAUAAGUGACAGAACCAGAAACUUAAUAUUUAAUUUAAGAAAAAUACCCUUUUCUUUUUACUACACAUACUACCUACCAAAAAAUACCGCAACUAAUGAUGCUCUAAUUUUACAUAGCACUUUUUCUUGCAUUAGUAAAAAGACUUUUUUCUCUCCCAUAGCCUCUGUUUUCUGCCUUUGACAAUGAACAAGCUAAGGCAACAGAUGUCUUGCAGGAAAACCAAAGUCUCCCAGGGAGUUGAUGGCAGGACUGAAAUGAAAGCUUUUCUCCAAGCCCCCACCUUGCUCUCAAGAUCAUACAUUACCUAAUUGUAGGGUAGUGAAAAUUUGUCCCCAUUUGAAACUGAUGAUUUAAAGAGACCUUUCCCUUAAAUAAUAAUGGGAAGUUUUCUUCUGAAUGAAUCCUGCCCACUGACACAGCUCUAAAUCCAAAUAAUCUUCAGAGCCUCAGAUUCCCUCCUUGCUGCAUUCAGUUUAUCACUUGUCAUAAAAUUUUGAUCUGACAUAAAUUAGUCUCUGAUUCAUCCCUAGAGGAAUUGUGAAAUCCAUGAUAUUUGUAGAGUUCUACAGUUCAUGAUAAGAAAGAAGAUUAAUUGACAAAUGGCCAAAUUAAAUGCAGCAUUUCAAUAGUAACAAUGUAAUUUUUUAAAAUUUCACCCAACUUUUUGUUUUUGACUACUGCUUGUUGUUGUUACUGUUGUGGUUUAAUAUUAGCUAUGAGAUCUCUAUUGUUUUGUAAUACUAAUUCCUAGAGCUCCACCGAGCUCGAAAUUUCACAAAUAAUUAAAGUAGGGUUGAAGAGUUUUGUUUUGCUUUUCAUUUUAUAUCAGAGUUGGAUGGAAUGAAGGCUUUAUGUCGAUCCGAUUUGAAAGAGGCUAAUAAAUCAUAGCAGGCUUCAGUGUGAUGAUUCUACCUGGCAAACCAAAUCCAGGAGAUAAGUAAUUUACUUUCAGAAAAAAAAAAUCUCAAAAGAAAAAAAUAUCUGUAGUCUGUGAGUUCUUUCUAUCUUUGUAAAUUUCUACUAAAGAGUAUAAGAAAACUCAAGCUAAUUAGAAAAGUUUUGUUAAAAAGUAGCUAUUAUAUCUUCACUUGCUAUUGUGGUGUACAUCACCGCUAUACUUGGACAUGGGGGUGGUAGAGGGCAUAAGAGCUGGGAGGAUCUUAUCACUUACGUGGAGUUCCUUUAACUUGCCUUGUCUUUGAAGUUUGCAAUAAUGUAUUCCCUUCAGAUAAAUUAUAAGUGUGUUUACUUUUUAAUGUGUGUAAGAAAGUAAAUUGUUUAUAGUUCUAGAUGCCAUAUCAGCAAGAUUUAAAACAGUAACUCCCUGAAUUAUUCCCUGAAACAGUUUCCAGAACUCCAUCCUAGCCCAUUCCUGCAUUUUUAAUAUGGGGCAUUAAUUUCUAAGAUAAAUAGAAAAGAAGAAAAAACUCACUUCUGUGAUUGUUUUUACAUUUUCAUUGAAUGUGAACUCAUCUAUUGUACCAAACCAUUAAUUAGAUAUGGAACACGUUAGAAAUAGGUUUGUGUAUAUGUACUGUAUUGUAUAUGUAUGUGUGUGGAAAUAUGUAUACAUGUUUCUGAGGGUUGCUUGUCAUUUCUGUGGAUAAAAACAUUUCCAUGAUAUUUGUCCAAGUUAGGUGAUGUGGUCUAGAUCUUGCUGGAUGAAUGGGUCAGAGCCCAUCUCUUCUGGGCACAAAGUCAGUCAAUUGAAUAAUAUUUUAAGUACCUGCCAUGUACAAAAGCUUGGAGCAGACAGGUCUGAUGGAUGAUGGAGCUUCCAUUGUAACAGGCAGUGACUAAAGUGUCACAACAUGAAACGAUACAGAUAAAAACUAGACCAGUGAUUUCAUUGAUAAAAGAGAACUCCCACAUGAGGAAAAACAGGAAAUAGCAAGGUUUAUGAAAAUGGAUAACAGGAGGUGCAGUAUUAAUUAUGAUGAAUUUAAUCAUGUUUUAGAUGGAUUAUUUUUAAAAUGUGACCAAAAAUGUUACCAAUUUUAUCUUUCAGGCACUGUGGGUAUUUCAUAGUCAGAUACUUUAAUGAGGGUACCGAAUAGUGUCCACAUUACAGGUCAGUCAUGUCAAUAGAAAACUGGAGACUGACCUUAGUUAUUGACUCUACCGCCUCCUUUCCCUGGGGAGUCAAUUAUUCCUCCAGCAGGAUUCUGUUCCUACUUUUUAGUGUGCCUAUUAUUAGAAGAGAGAACCUAGGAUGGGGGGAAGGGUAGGGACUGAAGAUAAAAAAGCUUAGCUUUUUGUGACAAUUAUAUUCAGUUUUUUAAAGCCAGAGGCUCCCACUGUUGAGCCUUUUUUGAAACCAGCCUUGUUCUGAAAUCUUCAUUCAGGACAGGAAGAGGGAGAAAAGAUUUAAAUAUCAUAUGCUUAAAAACAAAACUUAUAAAAUAGUGACGAACCAACUACUGUGUGCAAAAUCAACUGUUAGUAAAAAAAAAUGUUAGUUCUGAACUCAUUUAGAAGAGACCCAUUUGCUGUGUUUUCUAUUCAAUUGCAUUUUGAAAGAUUGGAUUUCUAGCUUAUUUACCCAAUACUGUAGAAAUUUAAUUUUUAUAUUUUUUCUGAUGUAAUAAUAUUCAAUGCUGUGUAUUUCCUUGAAGAAUUUCUGGUCAUUUAAAAAUAUUUCUCUUUGGUUAUGUAAAGCAAUCUGCCUGUUGUGUUCUAAGAUUUUUGUCCACUAGAACCAUCAACUUUUUUUUAUUUUUUUAACAUUAUUUUAUUUGGUCAUUUCCAAACAUUAUUCAUUGGAAACAAAGAUCAUUUUCUUUUCCUCCCCCCCCCCUCCCAUAGCCAAUGCGCAAUUCCAUUGGGUAUCACCUGUGUCCUUGAUUUGAACCCAUUUCCAUGUUGUAACCAUCAACUUUUUUAAAAGCAUGCCUUCCCUAAAGUCUUCAUUGUGUCAUAAAUUGUCAUUUCUUAUUGUGUACAUUUUUGUAUUUGUAUAAUAAACUUGAUUUGUAAUGACAUUUUUUACUAAGUAAAUAUUUAUUACUCAUUGUA